AUGCCUCGCUCCGAAGACCCUCGCAAGAGUUUCGACUGGGGCCAGUACUUCCCGCCCAAACCAACCUUCACCGACGCCUCGAUCCCCUCCUCCCUCGCCGGCAAAGUCUACAUCGUCACCGGUGCCAACAGCGGCAUGGGCAACACCCUCGCAGGCGUGCUCUACGCGCGGGGCGCCAAAGUCUACGCCACGUGCCGCACCACAGAGAGAGCCACACAAGCCAUUGCAGAAAUCAAGAAGGCCGAGGCCAGAUCGCAGGCUAAUGGCGGCGAGCUGGUGCCCCUGGUGCUGGACCUGGCGGACCUCAACAGCGUGCGGGAGGCGGCACAGACGUUCCUCGCCCGGGAAGGGCGGCUGCACAUGCUGUGGAAUAAUGCUGGGGUGAUGGCGAGUGGCGGCAAGGAAGAGGCCCCGGCGCGGACGGCACAGGGGAUUGAGCUCGCUCUUGGGGUGAACUGUGUGGGAACUUUCCUGUUGACGCGGCUACUUACGCCGGCACUGGCGACGGCGGCACGGGAGGCUUCCACAGUGGGCUCCGUACGGGUGGUGUGGUUGUCGUCGUUUGGGCUGGAACACUUCGCACCGAGGGGGAAAGGGGUGGAUAUGGACAAUAUCGACUACGAGCGCGAGACCAGGGGUGGGAUCGACCGGUAUGGGAUCAGCAAGGCAGGGGACUGGCUGCUGGGUGUCGAGUAUGGUCGGCGCCACGCGGGAGACGGGAUCGUCAGUGUGGCCAUCAACCCAGGUAAUCUCCAGACAGGGCUGGCGAGGGAUCAGGGCCUUGCGUUCAGGACGCUCGCUGGGCUGAUCACGUAUCCUCCCAUGAAUGGCGUGUACACCCAGCUGUUUGCAGCCUUCUCGCCGGAUGUGAAUGCUCAGGUGGACUGGACGAGAGACUGGAUCGUGCCCUGGGGCCGCAUUGUCCGAGUACGUCCUGAUCUUGUCGAGGCAGUCCUGCCGCGUGAACAGGGAGGGAACGGGAAUGCGCAGGCGUUUUGGGAAUGGAAUGAGAAGCAAAUCAAGGAUUAUCUUUGA